CAGCGGGGUGGGAUCAGUGGGCGGGCCGGGCGUUGGGAGUGUGGGGCUCGGGUUAGCUCGGCCGCCACCUCCCCCCUUCCCCGGGCAGCGGACGGUGUCCGGUGAGAAACGUGGGCGACUCCGCGCUGUUUCCAAGAGGAGGCGCCGUCGCGGUCUCGCGGGAGUUGGAAGAUGGGGAAGAAGAGCAGAGUGAAAACUCAGAAGUCAGGUACAGGAGCUACAGCAACAGUUUCUCCAAAAGAAAUGUUGAAUCUAAUUAGUGAAUUAUUACAGAAAUGCAGCAGCCCAACCCCUGGUCCUGGAAAGGAAUGGGAAGAAUAUGUACAGAUUCGAGCUCUUGUUGAGAAAAUCCGCAAAAAACAAAAAGGUUUGUCUGUUAUCUUUGAUGGAAAAAGAGAAGACUAUUUUCCUGAACUAAUGAAAUGGGCCACUGAAAAUGGAGCAUCCACAGAGGGUUUUGAAUUAGCAAAUUUUGAAGAAGAGGGCUUUGGUUUGAAAGCAACAAGAGAGAUAAAGGCCGAAGAGUUGUUUCUUUGGGUUCCUAGAAAGUUGCUGAUGACCGUUGAAUCAGCUAAAAAUUCAGUGUUAGGGUCCUUGUAUUCUCAAGACCGAAUUCUCCAGGCAAUGGGCAAUAUCACAUUGGCAUUCCAUCUUCUUUGUGAACGAGCCAAUCCUAGCUCUUUCUGGCUGCCAUACAUCCAAACUCUCCCCAGUGAAUAUGAUACCCCUCUAUAUUUUGAAGAAGAUGAAGUGCAGUAUCUUCAGUCAACUCAGGCCAUACAUGAUGUCUUCAGCCAAUAUAAAAAUACAGCUAGACAGUAUGCCUAUUUCUACAAAGUCAUUCAGACCCAUCCUAAUGCCAGCAAACUGCCCUUAAAGGAUUCUUUCACUUAUGAUGACUACAGAUGGGCAGUUUCCUCUGUUAUGACACGACAAAACCAGAUUCCAACUGAAGAUGGUUCCCGAGUUACCUUGGCUCUGAUUCCUUUAUGGGACAUGUGUAAUCACAUCAAUGGUCUGAUCACAACUGGCUACAAUUUAGAAGAUGACCGUUGUGAGUGUGUAGCACUUCAGGAUUUUAAGGCUGGAGAACAGAUUUACAUUUUUUAUGGCACUCGGUCGAAUGCUGAAUUUGUGAUCCACAGUGGUUUUUUCUUUGAUAAUAAUUCACAUGACAGAGUGAAAAUAAAGCUUGGAGUGAGUAAAAGUGACAGGCUGUAUGCUAUGAAGGCAGAGGUCUUAGCUCGUGCCGGCAUUCCAACCUCCAGUGUUUUUGCCUUGCACUCCACUGAGCCUCCAAUCUCUGCUCAGCUUCUGGCUUUCCUUCGAGUGUUUUGUAUGAGUGAAGAAGAGCUGAAAGAACACUUAAUAGGAGAGCACGCAAUUGACAAAAUCUUCACUCUGGGCAACUCUGAGUUUCCAGUUAGCUGGGACAAUGAGGUUAAACUUUGGACGUUCCUUGAAGCCAGAGCAUCCCUUCUUUUGAAAACCUACAAAACCACUGUAGAGGAUGAUAAAUCCUUUUUGGAGACCCAUGACCUUACCUUCCAUGCGACAAUGGCUAUCAAAUUGCGUUUAGGUGAAAAAGAGAUUUUGGAGAAAGCAGUGAAGAGUGCAGCUGCUAACAGAGAGUACUAUAGUAGACAAAUGGUAGAAGGAGCCCUACUUCCUAAAUAUGAAGAGAGCAAUAUUGCCUUGCUAGAGAACACUGUGGCAGACUCUAGACUCCCAAUUGUCUUGAGAAACCUAGAGGAAGAAGCAGAGGAACAAGGGGACUUAAAGAUUGAUGAAGCUAUUGAUGCAGAAGUCACAGAGAAUGGGUUUGUAAAUGGUGAAAAAACUCUACUUAAUGGGACCAAAUCAGAAAAUGAAAAUCUAAAUCAAGAGGAAAGCAACAAAGACACUGAAGAUGCCAAAGAAUCUUCUUCAGACAGUACUGAUGAGGUUAAAGAAUAGUCAUAAAAUAAAGUUUGACUUCAUUGUGAAAUUAAAAUUAGCAGAAGUUUAUGAACAGUGCAUUUACAUUGGUGUGUUUCUUUGUUAACAUUUCUCUUUCUGCAGAGGAAAAUGUUUUUGCUGCUUUAUAUAAAAAUGAUUUUUUAAGUUAUUUAAAAAUUUUAUCAUCCCUUUUCAAUUAAGAUUGCCAUCUUGCUUUCAGGCAAAAACGGGGGGGGAAAAGGUGCCUUUGCAAGAUUUUGCAGACCUUUGUGGGACAAAUGUAUUUUCUUUUUGGGAAAGAAUUAAGCUCUGCUAUCUGCUGUGCUUUUGUUGUUCUGUCACUCUGACUACUGAAAUUAAAAUCUUGCUCUGCCUCCUGCCAAGAAAAGCAGAAGGCAGGACUGACUCGGUAUUCAGCAUGGAAGUAGGAGAGCAGUACAGCAGAAAACUGAAUAAGAGGAUCAGAAACUUGGGAGACUGGAGGAAAACCUGUUUAAAACCAGGUGCACCAGUCCAAAAAAGGUAAGGUGGCAAUCUUAUUUUCACUAGUUUUAAAUGUUGAUGAGAAUCCUAAAUAUUAUACACUUACAGUGAUUUCUAAGGAUUUCAGUUUACUUUUGUGUUUUGUUUACUGUAUAAAAACAUUUCAUCUUUCUCCUUGAAUCAAAGUUAGGCUACUACAGUACAUCAUCCACCUAAUUUUAAAGGCUGACUUUUAUUUUAAAAUGGUACCUUCUUAUUUAAAUGUUGGCAAGGUAAUGGAGAAAGCAGAUAGGCCAAGCCACAGCUUUAAACUGUGUGGUUCAAAGUGAGGUUGCUUCCCAGCUUCUUCACAUUUUCACAAUUAGCUAGAGAUUUUCAAAGCUACACUUUUGGCUAAAACCAUUAUUAAAACGAAAACAUGAGUAAUACUCCUGUCUUCUACUUUUUCAUUUUUACGUAGUAUUGGAUGUAACACUGAAUGUGACAGCUAUUAGCUAAUCUUAUUUAAACUUCAUCUAUUGGCUGAAAUAUAUUUGAUUCCCUUUUCCUGAAGGAAAAGGUAAGCAGGAGUAUUUUUAGUUUGGGGAAGACCAAAAUCAACCCUGGUGCAUACUUUACCAUUUAAAUUGUGUAGCGGUCUGAUGCACGUUGGGUUACCUCCACAAUGCUAGUUAUGUCUGCUAUCCCGCAGUAUUGGUCACCCCUCUCAUAUACAUUGUGAAUUCUAUCUGAAAGCAAUUGCAGCUCAGUGCAAUACUGAAGUGAGGAUAGUGUCAAAGCUUUUUUUAAAAAAUAUUUCCCGGUUUAGGAGGAGUGAAUAAUAAACAGCUUAAUUCUGAGCUCAGUUUUAAGGACUUUCCCUUUUAGACUAUUUUAUCUUGAAAAGUUCAAAAUAAUAGAAAGAUUGGGCAAGCUUGGGUGACUGCUUAAACUUUAAUGAAUGUAGCAACUUGUUUAUCCAAGAUUGGUUGCAUUAAAAUGCCUUUUAACAUUUACAGUCUUUUAUUUUAGAUUUUUGCUUCUCUUUUACAUUACAACUUGAAAAAUGUGCUUUUGCAUUAAUCGUUGGUGCAAUACACAUGUCAAGAAGUGACUUUCAUAUUGCCAUAGCAACUUUGGAAUCCAAUGAGAUGUAAAAAAAAAAAAAAAAUGUUAAAUAGUUUUUUCUAAAUAUUUCACUGAGAAUGGCAUGUUGCCAUUACACUGGGGAUAUUGUUUCCCUACUAAGUAACUAGAGGCUGGACCGAUAUUUUUGUAACUAAAAUGCUGCUUGUAGGUAGAACAGCAUGCAUUGUCAUCCUGAGAGUUUAAAUGUCAUACAAAAGUCACAAUUCUUCAGCUUUUAUUAGAAACAAUACUCUUUCAUUCCUGCAUCUGCCAAUUUUAUUGCACAUAUAUCGUAGAAGGCGAUAUGAAAUUCUGAAACUAGCUCUCCCUAAACAUUUUCACUGUAAUCCAAAAUCUAAAUGAUUUGGUUCAAUCUGAUGCACUGUAUUUUGUUCCAAUAUUUGCUGUUAACUAUGGCUUAGCAAAACCUGUGAUGACCAUAGGCAGGAAUGUGUGGGUUUUCUUGAAUAAAGCAUAGUUCUACAAUGUC